AUGGCACUGGACAGUGAGGUGCCUGUUACCAGGUCACAGUCGCAGCUGGAACCUCACGAAACAGCUCUGCUGGAGCUUGCAAACACUAGUAGCACCCGAGAUGUCAUGUCACUGUCUCGCAAGGAACUGCAGGUCCUAGAACUCUACGACCGCAUCCAGGAACAGGAACUUGAGGCGGCUCUGCUAUCGCAAGACUACGUUGAACCAGCAUCUGACGAUGCCGAUGCCGAUGAUGACAUUGAAGAGCGGCUUGCCCAAGCAGAGCGCGAAUUAUUGGAGGCCAGAUCUACAUACUCCGUAAGGAGGAAGGCCAUUGAAACUGUCCUGAUGACAGACCCAAGCAUUCAAUCAGUCCAUGCAGCAUCCAACUUCCCCCCUGAGAGAGCCCUUCUCCCGCUCAUAAAUCGCCGUGACCUCCUCUCCCUCAUAUAUGAGAACCUCUCCCGCGCCCACGCAUCAUGCAUCCAGACCCUCUCAGACGCAAAAGUGGAAAAUAUCCAGCACAAUGAAAAGAAUCAGCAAAUGGUGCAGACUCUUCUGGGACUUACGAGUGCAGAGAAGACGUGGAGAGAGGAGAUUACAGACCCGAAGCUUAGGGCUCAGUUGGAAACUGUGGAGAAGGAGUGUAAAGCUGAACAGGCAAACUGGGUGACCAUCAAGCGGAUAGUUAGCGCUGCGAUUGUCGCGAGUGGCAUUGACUGGGCGGAGGAUGAAAAGCUGCGUGACCUGGUGGUUGAUGAUGUCGCAGAUGAUGCUUGA